CUCUGGGCCGCCGCUUCCCGCCGGGCGCCCAGGGUAGGCGGCCCGAGAGUGCCAGCUCCCGGGCAGCCUCCCGCCUUCCUCCCCUUCCCGCGCUUGAGUCCCUCGGACGGCCGGGAGCGUCCCCAAGAGCGCGGACGCCAGCGAGCUCCAGUGCGCCGCGGAUUGCGCGCCGAGACCCUGGGCGCCGCGCCGCGAUGAACGCGACCUUCCUGAACCACAGCGGCUUGGUGGAGGUGGGCGGCGUGGGCGGCAGCGCCGGGGCCGCCUUGGGGAACCGCAGCCACGGGCUGGGCACGUGGCUGGGCUGCUGCCCCGGGGGCGCACCAUUGGCUGCCAGCGACGGGAUCCCCGCGGGGCUGGCGCCCGACGAGCGCAGCCUGUGGGUGUCGCGCGUGGCGCAGAUCGCCGUGCUCUGCGUGCUGUCGCUCACCGUGAUCUUCGGCGUUUUCUUCCUGGGCUGUAACCUGCUCAUCAAGUCAGAGAGCAUGAUCAACUUUCUGAUGCAGGAGCGCCGGCCCUCCAAGGACGUAGGCGCCGCCAUCCUGGGGCUGUACUGAACGCCACCCCGGCCGGUUCCCGCCAGCGCCACUGCCGCAAGGAGAAGGACCGGAGAGACCAGACCCUCGUCCCCCUCUGUGGGCUGUGCCGCCGCCUCCGGGCAGGUAGCUCAAGGGGCAGCGACGUGCCUCUGGGCGCCCGGGCCUGGGGACGCAGCGGGACUCGCGGCGACGGCGCGGGAAGGGACUUCCGCGCCGGGCUCGGUCCUGUGUGCGUGUCAGCGUUGGAGGGUGGGAGGUUGGGGGAUGAGGGUUCUUAACCAGAUUUAUUUAAAAAAAAGUUCGGGGCAGUGGGAGUGAGUGCGAGGCCGUUUGGGGCUGAGGUCGCUAGC